UUUCACAACCCCACACAAACCCACCUUCUUCUUCCUUCCUCCUUCUUCCUUCUUCUUCUUCCCUUCUCUUUUCUCUCUCUUCUUCCUCACCACCAUCGUCUCACCGCCGGCAUCGCUUCCCUCUCCGUCCGACGAAACUCCGACGACCACCAUUUUUUCCGGCGAACCUCCAUUCUUUUUCUCUCUUUCUUCACUUUUUCAAGGAUAUGAGUCGCCGUGUCACUGCUCGGGCCUCCAAAAAGGCCAGGGGUGCCUCCUCUUCGGCGCCACCACCACCACCAUCACCACCAUCCUCGCCACCACCACCAGGAGACUUGCCACGGCCGGAGUGGGCUUCACGGCCUCUUCACAAGCUCACGCAGUUCAACCUGCCAUUUUUCCAGCAUGACGAGGACACUACUUGGGCGGUUGAGCAGCUCCGACUCCGGCAACAGUUGGGCAUUUGCGCUGUGACAGCGCCCACUUAUCCUCGCUUGGUCCGAUUAUUCUACCAGAACCUGCAUGAGACACCCACCACGGUUGGACUGCUCUCUAACAUUGAUGGUCAAGUUGUCCACAUCACCUCAGCCAUGAUUGCCACAGUGUUAGAGUUUUUCGCCAAACCAGAUUAUCAGCCUUUCCCGGAAGUUGAGGAUCAACAACCCAUACAUCACAUUGAGGAUAUGAGUCACCGUGUCUCUGCUCGGGUCUCCAAAAAGGCCAGGGGUGCCUCCUCUUCGGCGCCACCACCACCACCAUCACCACCAUCCUUGCCACCACCACCAGGAGACUUGCCUCGGCCGGAGUGGGCUUCACGGCCUCUUCACAAGCUCCUUUGGGCUGUGUAA